AUGGUUAUAACAUGUUGUCCUUUUAUGAACUGUUUGAACAUGUGGUGUCAAAAGGGACUGUAUAAUGUGAAACACGAAUCAAAGAAUCCCGUGACGAUAUGCACGUUGGGUGUGGGAGCAACAUUCGGCGAAUCAAUCCUGCAGGAUCUUCCUAGAGACACGACGGUCGUCACGCAAACGACCUGCGAGCUCCUGCGUGUCGAGCAGCAUGAUUUCAAGCUCAUCUGGGAGAAAAACAAGGAGCUGAUGAACGACCUGGUCGCCAACUGCAAGCUUAAAAAUGGUUUUGGUAGUGUCGGUGGAAAAGGUAAUAUGCAACAGCCUGCAUCCCCUCCACCGAGAAGAUCUAUGUCACCUGACCAACCUAAUCCAGCUGAGCCAAUCACAGAGCAACCAAGCACUUUGAUAGGAAGAAUAGGUUGGGCUUUGAGAUGUCUGUUAUUAUCUCAGAACACUUGCUUAAAAGAUAGAAAGGUAUCGGGACGGCUUGUGAGGAGGUGUGCCCCAGGGACCGAGCUCGUGGACUGGCUACUUAGCUUGUCGCCCAGCGUACACUCCAGAGCUAUCGCCACGGGAAUGUGGCAGGCUCUUCUGGAAGAAGGAGUCAUUUCACACGUAAAUAAGGAGCAACCAUUUAAGGACAAGUGCUUUCUCUACAGAUUUUGGCAGGACGAAGAAGGAGCAACAGCGCUUCCUCCCCUAGAGGACGUGGCAACUGCGGAAGAACAGCUUCAAGAAUCUCUUGGUGUUUUGAUACACCGCGCUCCAGAUGCGUUCCUGAGGAUGAUUAUGAGAAAACAGGUUCACGAGCGAACAGUUGAUGACCAAGAAACAAUAUUUGAAGAGUUGCUGCAUAUAAGAGCUUUAUCUCAUUUGUCCAAUUCUGUUAAGAGGGAAUUGGCCUGUGUUAUCGUUUUUGAAGCUCAUCCAAGGGUCAGUACAGUAUUAUUUCACCAAGGUGACGAAGGAAGGUCCUGGUACAUAAUUGUAAAAGGUUCAGUGGACGUUGUAAUCCACGGUAAAGGAACUGUUAAUACACUACACGAAGGAGACGACUUUGGCAAGCUGGCUCUCAUUAAUGACGCCCCUAGGGCGGCCACAAUAGUUCUCCGGGAGAACAAUUGUCAUUUCCUGCGAGUGGACAAAGAAAACUUCAACAGGAUCCUGAGGGAUGUCGAGGCGAACACCGUGCGCUUAAAGGAGCACGGCAAAGACGUACUCAUUUUGGAAAAAAUAAAUUCCACAACCAAACAAGUAUUUUCUUCCCAUUUUAAAUAUACUGUGAUGGCGGGCACACCGCAAAAAAUGUUGGAGCACCUCCUAGAAACCAGAUUAGAUGGUAGGGGAACCAUGGGUGGAGGGGACAAUUUUAUUGUUUCCACGGCUCAGGAUCCAUUUUUGGAUGAUUUCCUCCUCACGCACAUUGUGUUUAUACCAACGCAUCAGCUGAUAGAAGAACUAGACAAAUAUUAUAGAAUAGACCUGACCAAUCAAGACAAAGAAUUUGUGUUAGCCUGUAAAAGGCGCGUCAUACAGUUCGUGUACAGAUGGGUGACGACCAUAAGGCAGCCUGUGUUCGAAGACGAUCUGGCGGUGGAAUUUCUGGAAGACUUGGCGGCCUGUAUGGAAGAAGACAUCAUCAAAUACAACUCCUUGCAGGAGGAGGCCACCUUGAUGCAUCACGUGAUGUCGCAGCUCAGAAGAUAUCAGGAUGACAGAAAGGCCCAUGAUGGUCAAAAAUGGAAGUUACCACCGCAAGGACAACCAAUCAGUUUGUUCAGUGGUAAAGACACAAAUAGGACGAUUAUAAUGCCACAGGACGAUAUAAUUUUUCGUGUAUACUGCGCGGAUCACACGUACUGUACCCUAAGGUUACCCGUGGACACACCUGCAGAAGCAAUAAAGUUGGUAGCUGCCGACAAACUAAAAAUGCGGACCAUAGAUGAUUUGUUAUUGGUUGAAGUGAAAUCAAACGGAGAAAGAGUUACAUUUAAGGACAACGAUAUAAGUAUACCGACUGCCUUGACCUUGAACGGCAGGAUAUUUGUAUCGCCAAAGGAUCAUUUAGAUGCAUUAACAUGUCUUUCGGAGCAGGAAGAAGCGACUCAGGGAAUCGAUGCUGAUAUUGAAUUAUUUAGUACCAAGGAGUUAGCGUAUUAUAUGACUCUAUUCGACUGGGAUUUAUUUUGGUGUGUUCACGAAUAUGAACUUCUCUACCACACGUUCGGUCGACAUCAUUUUGGCCAAAUAACCGCAAAUUUGGACGUGUUCUUGAGGCGGUUCAAUGAAAUCCAGUUUUGGGUCGUCACCGAAAUAUGCAUGAGCACCAGUCUUAGUAAACGUGUAGCAAUACUUAGGAAAUUUAUCAAAUUAGCUGCAUACUGCAAGGAGUAUCAAAACUUAAACGCUUUCUGCGCAAUAGUGAUGGGUCUAAGCAACGUUGCCGUGUCCCGUCUUUCGAACACAUGGGACAAACUACCGUCGAAAUUCCGAAAACUGUACACUGAAUUCGAGUCGCUUAUCGACCCGAGCCGAAAUCACAGAGCGUACAGAGUGAGCGUUGGCAAAUUGCAACCACCUGUCGUACCGUUUAUGCCCUUGUUGAUCAAGGAUAUGACUUUCACUCACGAGGGCAACAAAACUUGCUUGGACGGGCUGGUGAACUUCGAGAAAAUGCACAUGCUGGCUCAAACGAUGAGGACCAUUAGAUUUUGUAGAAGUAGACAUUUAGUGUUGGAGCCGCCAUCUCCGAAGAGCGAGGGCGAAGUGAAAUCGUACAUUUCGUGUUUGCGUGUGAUAGACAAUCAACGGAUACUGACCGGCUUGUCGCAAAAGUUGGAACCGCGUCGCUCUUAG